UACGAUUUUUUCUAUACAAAUGUACUAUUUAGCCACUAUAACCAUUCUACAUUACAUGAGUGGCAUUAUAGAAUAAGAGGUUUCAUGACCUGAAAACUCUUUUAUUUAAUGGACAUGAAACAAUCCAAUACAAGGAAUUGGAAAGCUUCUCCUAGAAAUUUUAAUCAAGGGGUUUUUUCAUUCAUCUCAACAAUUGUCAUACUUCCAAGAUAGUUCAGCCAUGGUGUUGUGGGAGAUACUUGUGGUGAGCGUAGCAUCUGCAUCUGCUAUUUUCUUUGUUCCAUACAACGGCAGCUGGAUUUCCAUUGGAGCAGCUGUAAUUUCCUGUGUUUUGGCGAGCUUAGCGUCUGCAUAUGCUAUUUUUUACGCUCCUCUUCUCUGGGCGGCUAUAAGACUGAAAGCUAAAGGCAAUAUGCCUCCGCUUCUGCCAGGGAGAUUUGGGAUCCCUUACUGGGGAGAAUCGCUCGAUUAUCUGACCUCCUGGAAUGAUAAGCUCAACCCGGACGUGUGGUAUGAUAGGCGAAAGGCCAAGCACGGAGAUGUUUUCAUGACCCAUAUUCUGGGAAGCCCCACAGUGGUCAUGUUGGGCGCGCAGGCCAACAAGUUCAUCCUUACCAACGAAAACAGGCUGUUCAGGAACAGCUGGCCCAAAUCUUUGAAUGUUCUGAUUGGGAAGAACGCUUUGAUUAAUUCCCAGGACGCAGACCACAAAAGGAUGAGGCGGAUUACACAUUCCGUUUUGGGGGUGGAAACAUUGAAGAAGUCAAUUGCGAGGUUUGAAAGGCUUGUGGUGCAGCAUCUGGACUCCGGCUGGCGUCCUGGGCAGGUUGUGCACGCCCACCACAAAGUGAAGGAAAUGCUGCUGUCUUUGGCUGCCGAUUUUUUUAUGGGGCUAAAGGCUGGGGAAGAGUUGGAGAGCUUUAGACGGAAUUUUCAUGAUUUCAGCGCUGGGCUCCUAUCUCAGCCUCUUGACCUUCCCUGGACGGCUUUUGCCAAGGCCAAGCAGGCGCGCGAAGCCAUGAUCGCUCAAUUCCUUUCGCUGAUCCAGCUGUGUAGAAGCUCGUUGGACAAAAGGGAAGAAGCGGAGGACAGCUUUAUAAGCAUGGUAUUGAGAGCGCAGGAGGAAGGGAAUGGAGUUAGUUUGAGUGACGAGGAGACUGCAGACAACUUGAUGGGUCUUUUCACUGGCGGAUAUGAUACCACGGCCUCAGCUUUGUCUACAGUUCUUAGGCACCUCUCUCUCUCGCCACAGGUCUUACAACGCCUCCGUAAUGAUUGUGAAAAGAUCCGAGAAAACUUGGGAGGAAAGAAUCUCACUUGGAAUGAGAUUAAAAGUAUGGAGUACUUACACAAUGUAAUAGCAGAAGGACUACGCAUAGUGGCCCCUAUUAAUGGAGGAUUUAAGCAAGCAAAAGUAGAUGUUGUAUAUGGAGGCUAUACUGUUCCCAAGGGAUGGAAGGUUCAUUUCUCCAUGAGGCAAACAAAUAACAAAGAAGAAUACUUUAAAAGUCCAGAGAUAUUUGAUCCAAAUCGUUUCAAUGAGAAACAUGAUCCAUUUUCGUACAUCCCUUUUGGGCAAGGUAAUCGGAUGUGCCCAGGAAAUGAAUUUGCAGAGAUAGAGAUGAAAGUGUUUCUCUAUCAUCUAGUGCUAAGAUAUGAUUUGAAUUUGGUGGAAGUGGAUGAACCUAUCAAUAUGUACUUCAUGCCCCAUCCAAUGCAUGGUUUACCUAUAUUUCUCAAGCCAAUUGCUUGAAAAAAUUCCUAUCUAUAACAUGAUGAUAAAAUGGUGUAACUAUUUCAUAAUCUACAUUUCAAUGCACAUUGGUGUUUCAUUAUA